GGCUAACCAUACAGGUGCGCCCGGACCUUUGUGCGUAAUUCUGGACCCUGUCGCGUGUUUGAUUUGUGAAUGCGUGACAUUUGGCAUCACAGAGGAAAAUACGAGUGUGCGGCGGAACGAGUCUGUAGCCCGCACACUGGGAAGCUUGUAACUGGGGCAUGCAUUCACUUUAACACAGCGGACCAACAAGCCGAAUAACACUGGUGUAGUCUGUGGCAGAUUCAUUGGAAUAAAACGACGGAUUAGAUCUUCUGCAAUAGCAUUGCACCUACCAGACUGUUGGAGCUGUAAGAGGUUGGUUUCAGAAUCUGUUUUAAAGAUUUGGGGGAAUGUACAAAUCAGUGAUGUGAACCCCUACCUGCCUCUCAGGAUUUGCGCCUCGUUUUUUUCUUUUGGAUUAUGAUUCUCGGCCGGAGCCUGGGACAUGUUGCCUUUACCUGACACAUCUGUGGCACAACCGCAGCCUCCAGAGAGUGUAUCCGGUGUACCUGCUGCUUAUCUGCUUUGGUUUGCUGUGGAGGUCUGAGGCAGCUACACCUGCAGAUUUCAUCAUCGCCAACAUCAUCUGCCACUUCAGACGAGACAAGCCACAAGAGGACAGAGGCUUGUCUUGGUUGAUCAAAGAGCCAGCAGUCAGAGGGCAGCCUACCUGUAGACGAUGACUCCAGCAGAGCUGCUUGCCUGAAGCGGCUCUGACAACUGACGACUGCCAUACUAAUCGCUGAUUCAAAGCUUUUAUGUUUGGCACUGCUGGAAAUGAUUGAGUGUGUCAGUUGACUGACUGGCUUGUAGUGGUGUUCUGGCCGACUGCUGAACCACAGGCACCGGAGGGAGAUGGCUCGUCCGGGCUCUGGGGUGCUGGUGUCCGUCAACGGGCUGGGGUACCCUCCUCAGAACUUGGCCAGGGUGGUGGUGUGGGAGUGGCUGAACGAACAUGGGCGCUGGAGGCCCUACAGUGCGGCGGUGUGUCACCAUAUUGAGAACGUCCUGAAGGGGGAUGCGAGGGGAACCGUGGUUCUGGGCCAGGUGGACGCCCAGCUCGCUCCUUACAUCAUUGACCUGCAGUCCAUGCACCAGUUCAGACAGGACACAGGCACCAUGCGGCCGGUGCAGAGGAACUUCUACGAGCCGUCGUCCGCCCCAGGGAAGGGCGUGGUGUGGGAGUGGGAGAACGACAACGGCUCCUGGACGCCCUACGACAUGGAGAUCUGCGUGACCAUCCAGAACGCCUACGAGAAGCAGCACCCCUGGCUGGACCUGACCUCUCUGGGCUUCUGCUACCUCAUCGACUUCAACAGCAUGGCCCAGACCAACAGGCAGAGCCAGCGCAAGCGACGCCUCCGCCGACGCAUGGACCUGGCCUACCCCCUCAUCAUGGGCUCCAUCCCCAAGUCGCAGUCGUGGCCUGUGGGCGCCAGCUCCGGACAGCCCUGCUCCUGCCAGCAGUGCAUCCUGGUCAACAGUACGAGGGCGGCUUCCAACGCCAUCCUGGCCUCCCAGCGCCGUAAGCUGUACGGAGGGACGGCGGGCAACCCGGGGGCUGCGGGGACGCUGACGGUGGUGCGGCAAAGCAACACCUUUGCCGGAACCUCCCUGUGGUCCCCGUCUUCCACCUCCGCCGGCACCAACAACAAUAACAUAAGUGUUGGAGGCGGACAAGCCAAAGCUGAACAGGUGCAGUCGCCGCUGUCUGGUGCCAACUUCCCCUGUUCCCCCGUGAUGCCGUCCCUUUCAUCCGCCCAUGGCCACCAUGCUCUCACCAUCAACGGACAGAACAACCUGAACCGUCCAGGCACUCAGCGCAUUUCCAUGGGCACUGCCAGAGGAACCAUCCCUCCAGGGGUUCCUGCCCUCCCUGUAAAGAACCUGACUGGAUCUGGACCGGUGCACCCAGCACUAGCAGGCAUGACAGGCAUCCUGAUGUGUGCGGCAGGUCUGCCCGUGUGUCUAACUCGGGCCCCAAAGCCCAUCUUGCACCCGCCGCCCAUCAACAAGAGUGACAUGAAACCUGUGCCAGGAGUCAACGGCAUCCGUCGCAAGACCAAGAAGAAGCACCUGAGGAGAGGAAAAAACCCAGAGGAUGUGGUGCGGAGAUACACAGAGAAGAUUAAAGUGGUCCCAGAUGAGGACUGCACUAUCUGCAUGGAGAGGCUGGUCAUGUCGUCAGGCUAUGAGGGCGUCCUGCAGCACAAAGGCAUCAAGCCAGAGCUGGUGGGCAAGCUUGGCAAGUGUGGGCACAUGUACCAUCUGCUGUGCCUGGUGGCCAUGUACAACAAUGGCAAUAAGGAUGGCAGUCUUCAGUGCCCGACAUGCAAGGCCAUUUAUGGGGAGAAAACAGGCACGCAGCCUCCAGGGAAGAUGGAGUACCACGUCAUCCCCCACUGCCUGCCUGGCUACCCGGACUCCAAGACCAUCCGCAUCGUCUACGACAUUCCUGCCGGCAUCCAGACCACUGAGCACCCCAACCCGGGGAAGAAGUUCAGCGCUAGAGGCUUCCCUCGGCACUGCUACCUCCCCGACAACGACAAAGGCAGGAAGGUCCUGAAGCUGCUGAUCAUGGCCUGGGACCGACGCCUCAUCUUCACCAUCGGGACGUCCAGCACCACAGGCGAGUCGGACACGGUGGUGUGGAACGAGAUCCACCACAAAACAGAAUUCGGCUCCAACCUGACGGGCCACGGCUACCCCGACCCCAACUACCUGGACAACGUUCUGACUGAGCUGUCGGCGCAGGGCGUGGGCGAGGACAACCUGAAGGACUGAGGGCCAGCCGAGUUGGCAUGAAGGAGCACCACCCACCUCGCCCCGACUCCCAGAGAGCAGGGCCACUGCAUGACGGGCCAACAUGCAGCCGACAAACAGUCCUUUACUCCCCACAACCAAAACAGACCCUGCAGAUAAGCUGGCACAAGAGCAACGGAAAUAAAACAAAUGACAUGGUUGUAAUCAAUGUUUUGAUUCAGUAAUACUGUUAUUUGUAUUACCUAAAACUCCCCAAAUUGGCCCCUUCUGUCUCUUGAUCCAUGCCUUGAGCAUGUGUGUUGUUGCCAAAUAUUCUAAUAGGGUUAAGGAAUGUAAAGACUACGGUGAGAUUUCUGUCUCAGAGUUAUAAUCAGCAGGUAAAUUGUCUGUAAAUCCCCUUUACAUUAUGAAUCUGUUCCUCUGCACCGGGGGAAAAGUGAUGAGGGGUCCAAGGUUUAAGAAGGGAUAUUUGCAAAUGCUAACCUCCAAAUUGCAUGGCCCACACUUAACGCUGCAUAAUGGAUGUUGAGCGCCUAUCUGUGUUGAAAGGAGAAACGGAUUUUGAAAUCCAUUAUCUUUAAUGAAAUAUCUAUAUAUUAAAUGUUAAAGGCUGGUGUUGACGGUCUCAGUUGUUGCUGGGUGGUAUGUAGAGAAAUUUAGGAGAAUUUCAGAAUGAUCUCAAAUUAAAUACUCGUAAGCUUUCCCUGUUUACUCUAAUUCUCUUGAAAAGCAGAGAAGUGGUUAUAUUGUCCUUGUAGUAUUUGGAACUUGGUUUUGUGAUUUUGAAAGAUUGGCCCUUGGCUUUUAGUAACUAAUCAGUGAAUCUGAGUGGUCAGUGAUGUGAUUGUAAGGUUUCUGUGGGCAUCUCUGAUCGGCCACUGUGACAUUUCCCAUGUCUGACACCAUGUUGGUCAGUCGCUCUUUAAAACUGAGGUGUGUUUUGUUGUGCUUGUGCUCGAUCCAGAGAGAAAAAGGCUAUGAAAUGUUAGUUGGUUGAUGAUGAAUGUGUUUGGUAUGGGCGGCCUUGUGGACCGCCUUUGAAAGGAAACAUAAAACAGGCUAAACAAGCGUCUUACCGGUCAGUUUGAUGCUUGUUAAGAAGGUGGUGCAGCUUGAAAAGCAGUGAAGCAGAUUUUGCGAGCCUCCAAGGUUGAAAUCAUUUGUUUUGUGGACACACUGAUGACGCUGACCUCUGUGAAUAUAAACCCUGUGUUGUUAUUCUCACGUUAGAGGAAACACAGGCUUUGGCACAAUCUAUCAUGCUCACCAUACAUGGAGCGGUGAGUGCGUGUACGCAUGCUCUGAGGCAUUAAUACGCCGGGUUUGAGUCCUUGGGACAGAAAAAAGCUGAACACGCUUCCCAGACAGCAACAUCCCUCUUUCAAAGACCAACAGUUUUCCCUUGGAGAUCCAUCUUAGGCAGCGCUGCCCUCACACCCGCCUGUGAUCUACAAGCCUCUUGUGGGCUGUUUGGCGUUGGGCUGCACGCUGGUUGCUGCUUGUUUGUACAGCAGCGGUACGUCCCCUUCUCUGCAGGAGCUCACUGAAGGUUGUUUGGGCUGGUCCUGAUGUAUGGCCUCGCCCUGCUUCCCUCCUCCUCCUCAGCAGCAAAACCUUUCAUUCUAGAAACCACGUGAUUGCUUCUUCUAAUAUGUGGUUGGAUGUUGAUGCUCCACUGGGAACUGCGUCUCCCUUUGCUCUCCUUUCCCCCCCUGCAGACUUUAUGCCUGUGAGCUAAAGAAUUUUUCAAAGAUCCUGGGUGGAAAUCUUGUGAAAGAUAAAAGAUAAGCGAGCGCUGCAUAAUUCUCCAUAAAUAUAUAUCCGAUCAGUUUUAAUGAGCUGAGAUACUGAUGAUGCAAAAGGUGUUGAUGUAAAGGUUUAUGGCGUGGGCGCCCACUUGUGGGUUUAAUUUGCUGACUAUUUGGGAGUGAAUCAUAGUCUUCCAUAGCACUUUGAGGCAACUGUUUUCUUUAAUCAAUCCUUUCAUUUUUAGGAAAAUGUCUUAAAUUGUAUUGGCAACAAUAUCUGUUGUGUUUUUUUUUUAAGUUGAUGUUUAUAAACUGGCUUGUAAUGCUUUGAAAAAUAUAUAUAUGAUAUACAUUUGCAGAUGUGAUAUACCUUUAAAUUGAAGCUCAAUUUGAGUCUAUGGUGUAAGUUUAAUUUAUUUUUAUACUCUUCUAUAUAGAAAAUAUAAAGACAUUGACUUGCCCACAUAUCUAUACACAGGCACAUAUUAACAUGAAUACAUAAAAUCUGGCAAAGGUUCAUUUGUCAGUAUGUCAGGGACUGUUGAAAUAUGUAUGACAUGUUAUGGACGUCUUAUAUUACCAGUAGUCUUAGCGUAUGCUGCUGUUGUUAACUUAAUGUAGAAUCUGUGUAGUUGAUCCCCCGAGGGAUUCCAAUAAAUACAGUAAGUGUGUCUUGAUUAUUGGUGGGGGGAGCUUGAGCAGCAUGAAGAUGGCCGUUCCCCCAAAUGGGCCAUUUAUCUUUUCUACUUCUCCAGAACCCCACCAGUGGACACCGUCAGCAAUCUUUGUUCAGUCACGAGGUGGAAACACCAGGCCUGGGUUAAAUAGCAGCUGCAAAUAAUUCUCAGAGUUUGUUUUACCUGAUUGGAGCAGCACCCGGGUGGGAUUUACCUCAUGAGGGAAACUCACAGACAGAGGACUCCCCAAAUUAUAGAUAAGUACGCUGACUUCAAUUAUUUUCAGCUACUUUCCUGUGGUUUCUGGCGCUAAAUGUGUUGUCCUUUGUGUCAAACGUUUACUGUCUGCCACCGACGCAGGCUACAAAGAAAACUAUCAAAAGUUAUUUGCAACUGCAAUUUGGCCCAGGUCUUCUAAACAACAUGUCAUUUUGCCUGUUCCAUUUCAAAUUUUCUCCUUUACAACUUUUUGACACCCUUUUUUAGGAACAGCAAGACAGAAUGCUUCCAACGUAUCAGGGAAUUUUCCAUUUUGAGUCGAGUUUCAUGAAAUAGAGAAGUACAAAGGGGUGCUUCUUCAACUUCUGCUCUCCAUGUGUCCGUCCUGUAGUAUGAAUGGUGCAGGCCCUUUAGACUUUUCAGGUGUGUACAGUUACAUGGUUUUGGGACGAACGAUGAACAAAUCAUGUUUGUUAUUUGUCGAUUUAGGAAGAGAGAUGGUGUUUAUGCAAUUUACUAUAUGUCAGAAGUAAUAUGUAAUUUAUGUGUAGCAAGAAGGAUGCUUUUUCUCGGGAG